UUUACAAAAUAUGAAAAAAACCCAAGAGCAAGUUUUAACUUUAACCCAAUUAACCGCUCUUUGCCAAACUCCUUCCGGUCUGCACUUACCUUAUCGCCACGAUAAACUUUUAGAAGGCGUUUUAUUAAUGGGCUUUCUGGGCUUACGAGUCAGCGAAGCGAUUAAUUUUUCUUGA